AUGAAAAAUAUCCAAUUGAAAUAUAAUCGUGUCGGUAAAACAAUAUUCUGUUCACAAUGUAAUAGGAAAUUUCAAUCAACUGGUAAAUUUAUGAAACAUAUCUAUGCCAAGCAUUCUCAAAGUAUUUUUGGCAGAGCAACUCCUGAACUAAAACCUCUUCCAGAUCGACUCACGUGCUCAAAAAAAGAACAGUUCAAAACCGUACAACACAUAAACAAUAAUGAACAAAUGAAUAACUCCGUAAAUUCAUUGUUUGAAAGCUUCAAUUGUGCCGAGAUAUUUCAAGUACCUACUGUUAACAAUACUAAUUUGGAAGCAGAACAUGUUCAGUAUGCCAUAAAGGAAAGCAAUGAUCAUAUUGAAACAUUUUCUUGUUGGCAAUGUACAAGAGAAUUUCAAUCUGCUGAUGUUCGCGCAGAAGGUGAAGAUGAACAUCAUUGUAUCGAUAACGAAUGGCGAUGCCAAAAUGGUGCUUGUGUUCCAGUAUCACUCGUCAAUGAUCAUGUUCUCGAGCAAUUUUGUAUGGAUGAGUCAGACCAUCCAUUUAAGAUAGGCUCGCUUGAUUCAUUAAGAUCGCAGUGCGCAAAUUCACCAGAUAUUGAAUGUGAAGAACAGGCAUGUACAUUCAUAUUUAUGCCACAUUUUGCCGGUGGUGAUGGGCAAUGUAUCAGGUGGACCCCACCAUCAACCGUAGCUCAAUGUAUCAAUGGACGCGACGUUCAGUUUACUCGACAUUUACUCAACAGUAUUCGUGUUGAUUUACUGGAGACAUGCUGGUUUGCUAACAUCUACAACCUACAAUAG